AUGUACUAGGUUCAGAAGUAAUGGAAUGUCUCUCGUGGAGACGGGGAGCUCUGUUUUACAUGUACUGCCACACAUUGUUCAAUGAUCCUCAGAGAAGGCAAGACAGUAUGGCACACCUUAUGCAGGUACCAGUCAUGGGAAGUGAAUGGACGAUCGAUUCCCCGACCGCGAGCGUGCCGUGCCCGGGUCGAUUUGGCUUUCAUCAUCGAUGGUUCAGGAAGUAUUGAGCAUUAUGGCAGAGGAAACUUCCGACGAUGCCUCAACUUCGUGAAAGCGAUUGUCAGCAAGUUUCACAUCCGCAAUGGACAAACCCGAAUCGGAAUCGUCUUGUACUCGUCCAGUCCUCGGCUCAUCUUCGGUUUUAAACGAUAUUACCGUCGUAAGAGGCAGCUUCUAAAUGCUAUAAGCCGCAUAAGAUACCCCAGGGGUGGAACCAAGACCGGAUAUGCUAUGCGGUAUUGUUAUAGCCGGGUGUUUAGAUAUGCGCGGAGAGGAGUUCGUAAGGUUGCCAUAGUGAUGACUGAUGGCCGAUCUUCUGACAACGUGAAUAGCCCUGCUCAGUUGUUCCGUCGGAGAAACAUCAAAUGUUACGCGGUGGGAAUCGGUCGGAGAUAUAACAGAAGACAGCUGUUACAAAUAGCGGCAGGAGACCGGCGUCACGUGUUGACAGCAGGCUUCAGGAACCUGGGCUCCAUUGUGAACACCAUUCAACGACGAGCUUGUAGAGGUGCACGUCCUGUUCGACCAAUAAGACCACGUUUACCGCCUAGAAGAGGCUGCACUGCCCGGGUCGAUUUGGCUUUUAUCAUCGAUGGUUCAGGAAGUAUUGAGCAAUACGGCAGAGGAAACUUCCGACGAUGUCUCAACUUCGUGAAAGCGAUUGUCAGCAAGUUUCACAUCCGCAAUGGGCAGACCCGUAUCGGAAUCGUUUUGUACUCGUCUAGUCCUCGGCUCAUCUUCGGUUUUAAUCGAUAUUACCGUCGUAAGAAUCAGCUUCUAAAUGCCAUAAGCCGCAUAAGAUACCCCAGGGGUGGAACCAAGACCGGAUAUGCUAUGCGGUAUUGUUAUAGCCGGGUGUUUAGAUACGCGCGGAGAGGAGUUCGGAAGGUUGCCAUAGUGAUGACUGAUGGCCGAUCUUUUGACAACGUGAAUAGCCCUGCUCAGUUGUUCCGUCGGAGGAACAUCAAAUGUUACGCGGUAGGAAUCGGUCGGAGAUAUAACAGAAGACAGCUGUUACAAAUAGCGGCAGGAGACCGGCGUCACGUGUUGACAGCAGGCUUCAGGAACCUGGGCUCCAUUGUGAACACCAUUCAACGACGAGCUUGUAGAGGUGCACGUCCUGUUCGACCAAUAAGACCACGUUUACCGCCUAGAAGAGGCUGCACUGCCCGAGUCGAUUUGGCUUUUAUCAUCGAUGGUUCAGGAAGUAUUGAGCAUUAUGGCAGAGGAAACUUCCGACGAUGUCUCAACUUCGUGAAAGCGAUUGUCAGCAAGUUUCACAUCCGCAAUGGACAAACCCGUAUCGGAAUCGUUUUGUACUCGUCCAGUCCUCGGCUCAUCUUCGGUUUUAAUCGAUAUUACCGUCGUAAGAAUCAGCUUCUAAAUGCUAUAAGCCGCAUAAGAUACCCCAGGGGUGGAACCAAGACCGGAUAUGCUAUGCGGUAUUGUUAUAGCCGGGUGUUUAGAUAUGCGCGGAGAGGAGUUCGUAAGGUUGCCAUAGUGAUGACUGAUGGCCGAUCUUCUGACAACGUGAAUAGCCCUGCUCAGUUGUUCCGUCGGAGAAACAUCAAAUGUUACGCAGUGGGAAUCGGUCGGAGAUAUAACAGAAGACAGCUGUUACAAAUAGCGGCAGGAGACCGGCGUCACGUGUUGACAGCAGGCUUCAGGAACCUGGGCUCCAUUGUGAACACCAUUCAACGACGAGCUUGUAGAGGCGUCCGCCCUGUUCGACCAGUGAGGCCUCGUUUACCGCCUAGAAGAGGACGAACAAUAAGGAUCACUGCUAAUGUAAUAGCAAGAAGCAGGGGCUGCUACAGGGAUACAGGUCGACGAGCCAUCGCUCCGCUCGAAGGCCGCGGAAGUCGCCUUCUGCGAGGAAGUUACCGCAGAAGACGGUACGCUAUACAGAAAUGCGCUCUGGCUGCAAAGAAACGAGGCUUUAGCACUUUUGCCAUACAACAUGGGGGAUGGUGUGCAUCAACCAAAUAUGCUUUUCGAACAUAUAGAAAAUACGGGAAAUCCAACAGAUGUAGGAAUGGAAAAGGAGGACCGUGGGCUAAUGAUGUUUACGUUCUAAGAGGUUCCUGCCGCAAACGUACCACUCAAAACUUUUGCUGUGUUUUCCCAUUCAUUUAUCGCGGUAGACGAUACAACCGCUGUACAAGAAUUAAGUCCAGACGACCUUGGUGUGCUCUUACUCCAAAUUAUGAUGUAGAUAAACUGUUCGGUUAUUGUGGAAGAAGAGUGCGGACAAUAAGGCUGACGCCAUCGUUGAGACUCCAGAGAAUUGGUUGCUUUAAAGAUACGUCACGAAGAGCCAUCCCACUACUAGAAGGGAAGAGUCCACUAUUAAGAGGAAACUACCAGCGGAGAAGAAAAGCCAUUGAAAAAUGUGCAUAUGUGACCGCUAAACGUGGUUACAAAAUACUUAGUGUGCAACAUGGCGGCCAGUGUUUUUCAGGACCGCAUGCUCAGAGAACCUUUGCAAGGUAUGGGCGAUCAAACAGAUGUAGGAAUGGAAAAGGAGGAGCAUGGGCGAAUGACGUCUACCGAUUGUCGGGCAAAUGCAGACUACGCACCACAACUGGUUACUGUUGCGUGUUCCCAUUCACAUACCGCAGACGUCGAUAUAACCGUUGUGUUAGAACACGCCGGCAUGGACGCCCCUGGUGUCCAAUUACACCAGAUUAUCCCAGGAGCAGACACUGGGGAUACUGCAGGGGUGGAAGAGCUCCAGCAACAAGAGUAACCAGAGGAGUUGUGAUUCGAUCCCAAGGUUGUUACAGAGAUACAGGCCGCCGUGCCAUCCCACAAAUGGACGGUAGAGGUAUCCUUGUCCGUGGCUAUUACCGAAACAGAAAAGAUGCUAUCGUGAAAUGCGCUUUAGAAGCUGUAAAACGUCGUUAUAAAGCCUUCGCUAUCCAACAUCGAGGAUGGUGUGCCACUGGUCCGAGAGCUCACAUAACCUACCGACGGUAUGGACGAUCAAAUCGAUGUAGAAAUGGCAAAGGAGGCCCAUGGGCCAACGAUGUGUACUUUGUAUCUGGCUCAUGUGGAAGGAGGGCAACAAAUGGCUACUGCUGUAGAUUCCCGUUCAUCUACAAAGGCCGUCGUUACAACAGCUGUACAAGACGAAAUCACAAUCGACCGUGGUGUGCUCUCACACCAAACUAUGAUCGAGAUAAGAAGUGGGGAAACUGUGUUGGUGGACGAGUCAGACCAAUACGACCUGUUGUCCCUCCACGAAGAGGCAAAGUGAUUCGCAUCACACUGGGUUUACUGGCCAAGGGGCUCGGUUGUUUCAGGGACACUGGAAGAAGAGCCAUAUCAACCCUAGAAGGCAGAAGUCGUCUUCUGAAAGGACAUUACCGAAGGAGACGAUAUGCUAUUCAGAAAUGCGCUUUGGCUGCAAAGCGGCGUGGGUAUAGCGUGUUUGCCGUACAACAUCAGGGAUGGUGUGCUUCAGCAAGACAUGCUUAUCGAACAUAUGGAAAAUACGGCAGAUCUAACAGAUGUAGGAAUGGAAAAGGAGGACCUUGGGCCAAUGAUGUCUACGUUCUGAGAGGAUCCUGUCGCGCGCGAACAACUCGCGGUGAAUGCUGUGUAUUCCCGUUCAUUUACCGCAACAGACGAUUCACCAGCUGUACCACAGCCAAUUCCAGGGGACGCCCUUGGUGCGCUGUCACUCCAAGCUAUGACGUGGACAAACUGUGGGGCUAUUGCGCAGGACGAGGAGCAAAAAUCAUCAAAGUCACGCUGUCAGUCACACUCCAGAGAAUCGGCUGCUUCAAAGACACUGCUCGCAGAGCCAUUCCACAACUGGAUGGAAAAAGUAUUCUCCUACGAGGAAGCUACCGUCAUCGGAAAUUCGCCAUAAAGAAAUGCGCUCUAGAGUCAGCCAGGCGUGGUUACAAAUUCAUGGCAAUCCAACAUGGUGGUUGGUGUGCAUCAGGACCGCAUGCUCAUAGAACCUUUGCAAGGUACGGACGAUCUAACAGAUGUAGGAAUGGAAAAGGAGGACCAUGGGCGAACGAUGUCUACAGGAUUUCAGGAAAAUGCCGUCUUCGCACUACAAAGGGCUACUGCUGUUCUUUGCCAUUUGUGUAUCGCAGGCGUCGAUACAACAGCUGCGCCAGUAAUGGACGGGGAAGGACCUGGUGCCCAAUAACUCCGGAGUAUGGCAGGAAGAAACUGUGGGGGUACUGCAGGGGAGGAAAACGACCUCGACCGAUACGGGUCACGCCUGGUGUUUAUAGUAAGUAUAGAUUGUAG